UCGCCAUGCUAGCAAGCACGGCCACUGCGACGUCUUCUCUGGUGCUACCGGCAACCAGCCGACCACAGCACUGCCAUGCCUCCGAUGCUCCAUGGUAGCCGGCCCUACAUCUCCACUCAGGUGUCACCCUUUCUGUUACAGUUGGUUUUGCAGCCUGAUAUGUGGUUAAGAAGCUAUUGUGGAGAGGUGAAGUUAGCAGGGCUGAUGGUGGAAGCUUUCGGGUUUACUGGAGAUAUGGCAGAGUGUUACUCAAAGAAAUACACCUGGCUUGAAAUGGACUAUGGUAGAAGUGACAAGGAGACGAUAAAAGAGGCAAAGCUGGAGACUCCGAUAUUAGCAUGAUGAAGCAGCAAAUGAUGGAAAUAGGUAAGUUUCUUGAUUACCGCUGCUCUUUGAACUGGUCUGAGCAUCAUAGCUGGAAGAUCCUAUAAUGUGUGCCAAAACUGUGGCGAUUAAUUCUAUGAGACAAUUUGAGAGUGAAACAAGGGACUGAAUACAUGGCCAGAGAGGCAAAUACGUACGGUCUGCUUAGAUUCAGGAGUUAGACUAACUCCUUUGAAAGUAUCUUUUGAUUGUUCAAUGUUCUCUUGGGGGUUGUACUUUUAUUCUUUAAGU